AAUAAGCGGCUGCUGUCGUUUGACCAUAUUCCUCACGACCUUCGUCCAACCAGUCCUCAUAGGUGCAUUGACAACAAAGAAUAUAUCGUCGCAUCGAUUCUACAGCAUCUCCUCAUCAACAUAGAUUUGCAAAAAAAACUGGAAACUUCAAUCUACCCAAUUCUCUUACAUUAAACCAAUACAAUCGUCAGGAUGUCAGCAACUGUUCCUUCAUUAUUUUCUUUGAGCGGAAAGACCGCCAUUGUGACGGGCGGCACGAGGGGUAUCGGUCAGGCUAUGGCUAUUGCCCUUGCUGAAGCUGGUGCGGAUAUUGUACUGAUCCAGAGAGACGAAUCAAGCACACAAACCCGCGAUGAAAUUGUCAACCGAGUCGGUCGAAAAGCUUGGAUUCAUGUGGCAGAGUUGUCGAAACGAGAAGACGUCAAAAAAAUCAUUCCCACAGUCACAAGUCAAGGACUGAAGCCCCAGAUUCUCCUCAACUGCGCUGGCAUUCAAAGGAGACACCCUAGUGAGAAGUUCCCUGACGAGGAUUGGGACGAGGUUAUUGAAGUAAACUUGACCUCUGUGUUUACACUAUGCCGUGAAUUUGGAGCCUACCUAUUGGCUCGGGAUGCGUCUGAAUUUCCUUCCGGCCGCCGUGGUUCCAUCAUCAACGUCGCAUCGCUUCUUUCCUUCCAGGGUGGCAUCACCGUUCCGGCAUAUGCAGCCUCGAAGGGCGGCAUUGCACAACUAACCAAGGCCCUGUCCAACGAGUGGGCCAGCAAGGGUAUCAACGUGAACGCCAUCGCCCCUGGGUACAUUGACACGGACAUGAACGUCGCCUUGAUCAAUGAUGCCAAUCGGAAUGCUGGCAUCAUGGCCAGAAUCCCAGCUGGCCGGUGGGGGAAGCCGGAAGAUUUCAAGGGUGUUAUUGUGUUCUUGGCGAGUCAAGCAAGCAACUAUGUUUCAGGUGAAGUGGUCUGUGUUGACGGAGGUUGGAUGGGCCGGUAAAGGGUGUCGCUAGCACAUAGUACGUACUCUUCCUGAAUGU